UACAUUUUGUAAGUUACUCUAUUAAGAAUAUAUUAUUCUUCAUAAUAUAUUCAACCAUUAGGUAUCCGCUUGCGUUAUACAGACGUAUGUGGUUUGCCUGCUUAAGGUGCAUUGGACAGAGUGAAGCUUGAUUGUAUAGUUGUCGUUGUUGUUUCAUUAGCUAGAAACACAUCCAACAUCAUUACAUUGCUUUUUAUGUAUUGAUAUUUGUGAGGAUGGCAGGAUUCCGUAAAGUAUCCGCCUUCUUCGUAGGCUUCGUUGCCGUUAACUGCUUCUUUGUGGCUGAGUUUUCUUUUGCAGAAGUACUCCCCAAUGCCAGUACUCGUCCUUGUUAUAAGGUUUUUAGGCACCCCGCAUCAUCAGUUAGUGUAUGCUGCGCCCCUGCAUACAAGCCACUAUUAAUUCAAGAACACUGUGGACGCAGGGCUAAUAAUCUUGACUUCCAACUUUUGGACAAGCGCGUGAAACAAUUUUACAACCGUAUUCAGAACCAUCGUACUACUAAAGAUUCAUUGCAGCCUUAUGAAACGCAUGUGUACAAGAUGCUGGACAACACUAAGGAAAGCAUGCCAAUUGAUUUGGCAGAUGAUUGCUGCAGUCUUAGGUCUGGUCAAAUGCCCCUGUGGUUCCUUUACCAUUUGGCUUCUUACAUUGCCAGGCGUCUUAGUGCUGAACUUAGCCCCGGCAUGACAUAUCAAGCGAGGAGACAAAGAGAUGAGCACUACAGGAAGAUUUAUGAGUUUGUAGAUGAAGCUAUUAAGACCCCUGCUUUGAUUCAUGUAGACAGGCCUGAUCAGCCUGCUAAGGAAGCUGCUGCUGUCGCAUCACCUGUAUCUGCUCCCAAUGAGACUCUAAACAUAUCUACAAAACCAUUCUACUUGACCCACAUCCCUAGUAAAACAUGGAAUGAAAAGCUGGCCGAGAAAUGCAACCUUCGUCUUUUGGAGGACCGCCUCGCCAAGAUUCACCAACGUAUUAUCGACGGUGCUGCAGCGGAGCCAUCUGCUAUCUAUAGCAACUUGGCCUUGAAGGAAAUCAAGAAGACUGUUAAGGAUUUCCCUGUUGAUUUGGCCUGGGAAUUGUUCAAGCACGAUUCUGGUAGAUUGUCUAAGAUGACCACUAUGCAGUUGGCUCCUUACUUUGCCAAGAGGCUAGCUGGUGCUCUUUGUGAUCAAUUGGGUAUGAAGCAUGGCAAUUCUGAGUGGAUGCGCCACUACCUGGCAUUGCGCAAAUACAUUGAGGAAAUCUUGAAGACCCCGGAUACUGUCUACAUUGACUAAGGAUAAAGAUGCAUAACAUGCGUGUUGUAGCACUUUAAAUGUCAGUUUGUUUGCAGCUAUGCAAAGCAUAGUGCCUAUUGUUAUACAAAUGAGGUUCAACUGAGUUGAUCAAAUU